UUUAAUCAAUGGAUUUGCUAUUGACGUGACUGACGUUUCUUUUUGGGGGCGGUUUCAUUUCAUUAAUAUUUUGCAAAACUGCAUAAAAAUGAAAGUAAUUAAAGCGUUGAUUUUGUAAAAAGACGACAAUUCAACAGAUCGAUGUGUUGUUCUUAAGCCAUUAAAUAGGCUGACAUCAAGAUGAUUGGUGGCCUAUUUGUCUACAACCACAAGGGGGAAGUGCUCAUAUCCCGUGUGUACAGGGAUGACAUUGGACGCAAUGCUGUGGACGCAUUCAGAGUCAAUGUGAUCCACGCACGUCAGCAAGUGCGCUCGCCCGUCACUAAUAUUGCUCGCACUUCCUUCUUCCAUAUCAAGCGCGCAAACAUCUGGCUGGCGGCAGUCACCAAGCAGAAUGUAAACGCCGCCAUGGUGUUUGAGUUUCUGCUGAAGAUCAUAGACGUGAUGCAGUCCUACUUCGGCAAGAUCUCCGAGGAGAAUAUCAAGAACAACUUUGUUCUCAUCUAUGAAUUGCUCGAUGAGAUCCUUGACUUUGGUUACCCACAGAACUCUGAUACGGGAGUUUUAAAAACAUUCAUCACUCAACAAGGCAUCAAAUCUGCCUCCAAAGAAGAGCAAGCGCAAAUUACCUCACAGGUGACAGGACAAAUCGGAUGGCGUCGCGAAGGCAUAAAGUAUAGACGCAACGAACUGUUCCUGGACGUGCUGGAGUACGUCAACCUCUUGAUGUCUCCGCAAGGUCAAGUGCUGUCCGCCCACGUGGCCGGCAAGGUGGUCAUGAAGUCAUAUCUGUCUGGUAUGCCGGAGUGCAAGUUCGGCAUCAACGACAAGAUCGUCAUGGAGGCUAAAGGGAAAGGGAAUGGCCCCACGGGCGGCAUCUCCGGCAACACGGACAGCGACCCGGCGCGCUCCGGCAAGCCCGUGGUGGUGAUCGACGACUGCCAGUUCCACCAGUGCGUCAAGCUCAGCAAGUUCGAGACGGAGCACUCCAUCUCCUUCAUACCGCCCGACGGGGAGUUCGAGCUCAUGAGAUACCGCACAACGAAGGACAUCUCGCUGCCGUUCCGCGUGAUCCCGCUGGUGCGCGAGGUGGGGCGCACCAAGAUGGAGGUGAAGGUGGUGCUCAAGUCCAACUUCAAGCCGUCGCUGCUGGGCCAGAAGAUCGAGGUGAAGAUCCCCACGCCGCUCAACACCAGCGGCGUGCAGCUCAUCUGCCUCAAGGGCAAGGCCAAGUACAAGGCCUCGGAGAACGCCAUCGUGUGGAAGAUCAAGCGCAUGGCCGGUAUGAAGGAGACGCAGCUGUCGGCGGAGAUCGAGCUGCUGGAGACGGACACCAAGAAGAAGUGGACCCGCCCACCCAUCUCCAUGGGCUUCGAGGUGCCCUUCGCGCCCUCCGGGUUCAAGGUCCGCUACCUGAAGGUGUUCGAGCCAAAGCUGAACUAUUCGGACCAUGACGUCAUCAAAUGGGUACGCUACAUCGGCCGCUCCGGACUCUACGAGACCAGAUGCUAAGCGCUACAUGGACCGAGGUGACUAUUCAGCUCUGCUACCUGAAGAUAACUUCUAGCUGUUUUGGAUACCUUAUAUCGAUAUAAGGCGUUUUAGAUAAAAUACAUAUUUUUCUCUGUAUAAAACUAUUCGCGCACCACUUACCGAGAGAUUUCUUUAGUUAGGUUAUUACAUACCUAAGAUUAUAUGUCGCGUCACGUAAAAAGAACAUUUAGCAAUUUCUACAAUUAAGUGAGAGCUAGAGUGUCAUUUAUAUAAAUGACUUUAAAUGUUACACAAAAUGAAUGAUUAAAUGAUCGCACGACUUGAAAAAAAGUCAUGCAUAACAGAUAAACACUACUUGAUGAAUAAUAAUCAUGACAAUUUCUUUAAUAGUUUAUCUAAAAUUAUUGAUGCGCAUUUAUCUCGUAUACGUAUCAUAUAUACGCGUGUCGUAAGUUUUCUUUUUUUGUGACACGACUUGUAUAUUUCAAUUAUUUAACGUUACAGUUUUUUUGAUUUGCUGGACUGUAUUUUUAUAAAUGUAAUAAAUAACAUUUUCUUUUCAAGAGAAAUGAGAGAUAUUUAUGUAUUACGAGUAGAAUCUCAGUAAUAAUAAUAAUUUUAAAAUUGGUACAGCACAAAGUCUCAAUCGACGCAACAAUACAGUUCGUGCUAUAACGGGGGGGAAACAGGUCGUAUAGGUUGAACGUCGACAUAGAACUAUAGUUCUGUGUCAAUCGUUCACUCAGUCAUUCGAUCUUUAAUGGUAUGAUAAAAACUAGGUAGAUCGUUCAUACUACUAUCUAAAAAUGGCACAUUGAAAUUGUCUAAAAAAGAUUUAAUAAUUAAUUACAUUUAGUCAUUAGUUAUCUCUUUUUCGCUCUUGUGUAGGUUACGCAUCCACAAUAAAUUAUCGGGUCAAUAAAGAUAAAAAAAAUAGGCACCUAAUAUAUUGUCUACUUACCACUGAGCUACUCAUUCGAUCACCAUUUUGUUCUCAUUGAUUAUGCGGAUACAGAAAUAAUUGAAUCGUUAAGUCAAUCAUUCAUUUGCUUAUGGCUCUUCACGACUUUUCAUACGAUCGAAUCGUUUACGAUUGACACAGUUCAUAGUUGAAGAGUAUGUACCCAGGAGUAAUAGUAAAUUUAUAUUAUUUUUUUAACAUUUUUUAUUUCGUUAUGUUUUAUCAUUCCCUUAGACUAGAGCUGGACUCGAAAACACUAUUAAAACACUUGGUUUUAUUUUAAAAAAAUAUUAAAAAAGAGCCCAGUAUCAUUUAGUAGAAUUAGGUACGUAAUAAUUGUAGAUAAUAAUACUUCGUAUUAUAUAUUAUUUCCUACGUAUAGAAUCAACCUUGAUGUUAUUUAUAUAGCUGUUAUUAAAGAUAUAUGCUGAGUGACGUCACCUUUUUAACUAUUGUCAGGCUGUCAACCCGUCAAUUUCAAUAAAACUUGGGGUUUUUAACAAAAAGUGAAGUGGUUCCUGUUUUGAAUCAUUUCUUGUAUCUUGCGAUGUUUGUCAUAACUUAGGGAAGGUCCUUUUUGGUAAAAUAUAAAAGAGCAUAAAGCUUGUAAUUUCGGUCGGGACUUACUCGUAAUGUUUCAAACAAAUAUAGAUUUUUUUUUAUUUAUUUAUUUUAAGUGUUAUGUCGCUCAGUAUAUAUCCUAGUGUAUAGUAAAACAUAUAAACUUUUUGGAGGCCGUUCGUAAAUCAUGUCUGUAGAAUAUUUGUACGGAGUUGUAUCGCAUGCAUAUAUGAAGUGCUUUGUAUGGUAUCGUGUUAUAGAAAUGUACAAUAAACAUCCGAGUUAUAAUAUUAAAUGUUUAAAAUUA